GAGAAGAAAUUGAUCCAUGGCUUUGUUUAUUGAUCACAAAUGUCACUAAACGUCUGACAGAUUGCUGUAGAAAGGUUCUCAUUUUUGUCCGUUUUUUUAACAUAAAACAGCAGACGAAAGACACGACGGUCUUUUUUUACCAUUCAACAACUGCGCCUUUUCACGCGAGUGCUUUUUCAUUUCCAUCAUGAAGCCCAAUUGGUGGAUCUUCGCGUUUGUAUGUUUGAUUCUAAUGGAUCACAUGAAAAAUGUGUGUUUGAAUGAAGCCGAUUUCGCAUCGAUAAAAAGCGUUUGACAAAUUAAUAUUCCAUGUAACUCAAUUUCUCUCAUGGAAUUCUUUACGAGCUUCGCUUGUUUUUUCCGGGUUACAUAUGGCGUGACACCGGAAACGGUCGGAUCUGUUUACGCUGAGUGGUUGCUAAGCACCCGGAGCGUCGCGCGUUCCCGAUAAGACUCUCGAUGGAGAAUCCACUUUCUUGAGACGUAAAAUAUACGUUUUUGACUCAUUUAAAUGAACGAAACACCUUUGCAGUGUUUAUAUGUGAGAGACAUGCGCUCUUAUAAACAACAGAUGAAUAAUAAUAACGAUGAAUGUGGAAGAUUUCUGCCUCCUGCCGUUAACAGUUAUAAGCAGCAUCUAGCGGCUGUGAAGUCAUUACUGCCUGACAGACUGAGCCACAGACCUAUUGAUUUGAGGUUGUCAAUCGGGCUGAGAAAUGCUUUACAAGUGGACUCCAUGAAGCAGAACCCGUCUAAAACAGUCAGGAAUCAUCGCAGUGCUGUGCCUGCGUGUGAGAGCGAGGGUCGGGCUCCAGAGCGAUGUGUGUUUUCUCUUCCUGUGCUCUUCCUGUGGGGAUGGUGUGGGAUUUGGGACCUCAGGCGUACCGGGUGCAACCCCACAGAACCAUUCAAAGCGCAGGAGCUGCGUGCUGUCAGAGUAAAGCUGUGACUCGAGAGUAACUUGCCCAACACUGGUUGUUUGUUUGUUUGUGAGGUGACACGGGGAGUCUGCGUGAUCAUUCUGCAACAGGUUUCUCCUUCAGUUUGACAGGCAUCACCUCCAGCUCAGAGAGCCUCGACCUGAGCAGACGGGGUCUAAUGGACUUUCCUCAUCUGAACGGAGGAGAUAAACUGCGUCUGCUUAACCUACAGCACAACUUCAUCUCUCACCUGCAGAACCUGACUCUCCUGCAACACCUUGUGUUCCUCGAUCUCUAUGACAACCAUUUGAUUGACAUGUCUGGCAUCUCGUCUCUCACCUCUCUGCGUGUACUUCUGCUGGGAAAGAACAGGAUCCAGAGGAUUUGUGAUGUGGAUGGUCUGAGUAAACUGGAUGUUCUGGACUUACACAGUAAUCAGAUCUGUCAGAUUGAGAACGUGUCUCAUUUGUCAGAGCUGCGUCUGUUGAAUCUGUCAGGAAAUCUCAUCACUCGAGUGGAGAAUCUUCAGGGUCUGAAAUCACUGACGGAGCUUAACCUACAGCACAACCGCAUCACAAGUGUGACGGGUGUGGAGCAUCUUCCUCGUUUGAAGCGUGUGUUUCUCAGCGCUAACAGCAUUAGCAGUUUUGAUGAGCUGGCCUGUCUGUGGAACUGUCGCUCUCUGAGUGAACUGAGUGUUGAUGGGAAUCCUGUAGCGCUGGAGUCAUGCUACAGACAGACUGUCCUCCGCUGCUGCUCAUCACACCUUCACAUACUCGACAUGAAACGCGUCACGGAGGAGGAGAGACGCACAGCGAGUGUUUCAGCACGACGGGAGGAUGAGAAGAAGAAAGAGACUCACAAACACACUGCACACAAGGAAAGGCGUCGGCUGGCGAUUCAGAAUGCAGCGCAGCAGUGGGAGGAGUUCAAAUCAUCCUCAGAGCUUCCCGCCCAGAAUGAUGUAAAAGACGAUGUCAGUCCAGACAAUAGCCCCGCCCACAGCCCUGCACUGACCAAUGGCAAUGCUCAAGAGACCUCGCCGGAUGAGCCCAGACGCUUGAGUCCACUCACGGUUUCAGCCGGAGCAAACGACAACAGAAUCAAAUCAACCAGUCGUCCAAACAGCCCCAGGUUUCAGGAGGGCAGCGGUGCAUGUGUUCAGAAUCUGUCCAUGUCAGACAGUCAUCUGGCUGAAUUAGACGGCGAGACGCUGCGUCUGAUCGGAGGCGGAGCUCUGGACACUCUGGAGCGCUGCUGGAGCGUUCAGACGGCUGCUGGCGUCACCAUCAUCUCAUUCCGUUACAUCAACUUUGACUCCAUCGUUCCCACAUUACUGCGCAUUCGCCUCAAGUUCCCAAACCUCACUCACCUGAUGUUCAUGGAGACAAACAUCUGUCAUCUUCCUCAGCUGGCCGCUCUGGCUCAGAUCAGACGUUUAGAUCAGAUCAGCAUUCAUCCAGAGGGGAAUCCUGUGCUCACCCUCUCGCUCUGGAGAUCUUUCCUCAUCUACAGACUUCAACAUCUCAACCUACACAAGAUCAACGGCACCGAGGUAAUGUUAAAUGAGAUCAUUGCGUCUGAGAGGAUGUUUGGUGCUCUGGGUCAUGUAGCUGCUACAGAAACACCUCGCUGUCGCCUGCUGCUGCUGCUGGAGGAGUCCAGUGACAGAAAGCGUCAGCUGCAGUUUGUGUUGGACGGUCGCGGUCGGCGGAUCGGUCAGAGUCCUGAAGAACUGAAGGAGAACGGAAAACAGCUGGGAGACGCUUUGAGCCGAGCGCUUAUCAACUAUCCCAUCAGAACAUCAGACAGUUCUGACACUGAGGGCGGCAGUGAUGUGUCGGAGCGUUCUGUGAUGGUGUCGCAGUAUCUCAGAGGUCUUGUUAACCGAGCGUCCAGUCACAGUGUGAAGGGAGAUGCUCUGCAGAAACUCUGGCCGUCUCUCUUCACUGAGCUGGUGAGAGACAGUGUGCUGGAGAUGAGAGACAGACCGGCCUUCAGACACUCCUCUCUCCAGCGCCAGAGAGACAGACACGUGAAAUGAACCAAUGAAUGAUCUCUGAAGUUCAGCUCUCACUUGCUGUCGCUGUUGACACAUGUUGAUCACAUGUGACCUGUAUCAAACGCCACUUUUACAAAUCAUUAUUCAAUUGACUCUUUCAUUUUCAUUUAAUAUCAUUGUGUAACAUGAUAUAUGAUAUAUUUAUUAAUAAGAGACUCCAUAUAUGACAUGAAGAAGAUAUAAGCUGUGUUAUUUUAAUAGUAAAGUUCAAUGAAAGCUGGAAGCUGUUUGGAAUGUUGCUCUAAAUUGAAACUCAAACUGCAUGAUGUUCAGUCAGCUUACACUGAAGUGUGUGUGUGUGUGUGUGUCUGUCUGUCUGUCUGUCUGUCUGUGUGAUCGAGUGAGUGAGUGAGUGAGUGAGUGAGUGAGUGUGUGAGUGAGUGAGUGUGUGAGUGAGUGAGUGAGUGAGUGAGUGAGUGAGUGUGUGAGUGAGUGAGUGAGUGAGUGUGUGAGUGUGUGAGUGAGUGAGUGAGUGUCUGUCUGUGUGAGUGAGUGAGUGAGUGAGUGAGUGAGUGAGAGUGCGUGAGUGAGUGAGAGAGUGAGUGUCUGUCUGUCUGUCUGUCUGUCUGUCUGUGUGAGUGAGUGAGUGAGUGAGUGAGUGAGUGAGUGAGUGAGUGAGUGAGUGAGUGAGUGAGUGAGUGAGUGUGUGAGUGUGUGAGUGAGUGAGUGAGUGUCUGUCUGUGUGAGUGAGUGAGUGAGUGAGUGAGUGAGUGAGAGUGCGUGAGUGAGUGAGAGAGAGAGUGAGUGUCUGUCUGUCUGUCUGUCUGUGUGAGUGAGUGUGUGAGUGAGUGAGUGAGUGAGUGAGUGUCUGUCUGUCUGUCUGUCUGUCUGUCUGUCUGUCUGUCUGUCUGUGUGAGUGAGUGAGUGUCUGUCUGUGUGAGUGAGUGAGUGAGUGAGUGAGUGAGUGAGUGAGUGAGAGUGCGUGAGUGAGUGAGAGAGUGAGUGUCUGUCUGUCUGUGUGAGUGAGUGUGUGAGUGAGUGAGUGAGUGAGUGAGUGUGUGAGUGAGUGAGUGAGUGAGUGAGUGAGUGUGUGAGUGUGUGAGUGAGUGAGUGAGUGAGUGAGUGAGUGAGUGUCUGUCUGUGUGAGUGAGUGAGUGAGUGAGUGAGAGUGCGUGAGUGAGUGAGAGAGUGAGUGUCUGUCUGUCUGUCUGUCUGUCUGUCUGUGUGAGUGAGUGAGUGUGUGAGUGAGUGAGUGAGUGAGUGAGUGUGUGAGUGAGUGAGUGAGUGAGUGUGUGAGUGAGUGAGUGAGUGAGUGAGUGAGUGUCUGUCUGUGUGAGUGAGUGAGUGAGUGAGUGAGUGAGAGUGCGUGAGUGAGUGAGAGAGUGAGUGUCUGUCUGUCUGUCUGUCUGUCUGUGUGAGUGAGUGAGUGUGUGAGUGAGUGAGUGUCUGUCUGUCUGUCUGUCUGUCUGAGUGAGUGAGUGUGAGACACAUGAGAUUUGUGUUCAGUGUUUGUGUGUUUGAGACAUUUGUGUAGAACUUCUCUUUGUUUUUAGCACAAGUUGAAUAUAAAGCAUGUUUGUCACAUUCAGUUGUUUUGUCUUUUGCUGAUUAUGGAAAGAAAAUGAUUGAGCAAAUAUUUGCAGAUGAAUAAAGAGACAGAAUUAGAAAUUA